CACUCCCGGUAUAGUAAAAGGGAACCGUGCGACGUUCUGUUAGUAGGAGUCGGGAUUUGGUGAGUGUCGGACGUGUCGAAGAGUGGCGAGUCUUUGAAAUCGCACGAGUACGUAUGACAGAAGUCGCUCGCACGUGCUUGCGAACGAGUGCGCACGGCGGCUCGAACGAAUCUACGAUUGGUGCGAGUAAAUACAGUGAAAUACAUUAACGCGUUUUUUUGACCACGGGACCGUGGAAAACGUGCCAGGAGUACAGACCGGACACCGGUUUCGUUUCACGUUGAACGACAUGCUGUUCUCGUAACAUUUCCGGAAAAAUUUUCGAACGGUAGACGCACCGUACGCGCAGCGCGGACAGAUGUGAACAACUUAAGAGGCGUGAAUAUUCAUGGCGUGAGGUUAUGGGGAAAUCGGAUACAUGACAGAGAGCCAGUUCCAUCCGAGAGGAUCACGUAACGUUGUCCCUGGGAGAAAAAGGAGGAUAGAAUUGAUAAAUUCGUGAGAUCACAAAAGAAGCUGGAUUUACCGUGCAACUUUCUGAAGAAUUUUGACUGUCUAGAGACUCCUAGACUUCAAAUUGUAGUGAUCAUCAUUGGUCUCAUGAGAUAACUGAUGAAGAAGGACGAUCAGCAGGUGCAUGGAAGAUUAGAGACAGAGCGCGACGAGACAAUAAAAAAAAUGGCACACGAAAACGGCGUAAAUGGCGACACCGAUUCCGAAUCGGUGGAAUUGAAUCCCUUGAGGAGGACCAGGUUCCACGUGAACCGCGUCGACAGUUUGGAGGGUCGUGCUAGUCUUCUUGGGGAACAAGAGACCAAAAAGUCCCUGAGGCACAUGACCAGAGAGGCUCUGCCCAGGUUGGACAAUUACAGGAACAUUAUGAGCAUCCAGGCUGCUCAUAGGCCAUCCUUGGACGAGCUCCAUAAUCCCACUCUGCUUAACAAGGGAUCAGGCUCCCAUACACUACCCAUCGCGCACGUGAAACCACCGACUUCCGGUAUCAAAUUCGGAUGGAUUCAGGGUGUCCUGCUGCGAUGUCUUCUCAACAUUUGGGGAGUGAUGUUGUUUUUGCGACUCUCCUGGGUCGUGGCACAAGCUGGCACAGGACAAGCUAUCCUGUUAAUCCUCACGACUACAGCCGUGACCACGAUAACGUCGCUGUCAAUGUCAGCGAUUAGUACAAAUGGGCUCAUUAAAGGAGGUGGCACGUAUUACAUGAUUUCCAGAUCAUUGGGACCAGAAUUUGGAGGUGCUAUAGGAUUAAUAUUUUCUUUGGCGAACGCGGUUGCCUGUGCCAUGUACGUUGUUGGCUUUGGCGAAAGUAUGGUCGAUUGCCUUAAAGCUAAUGGAAUUUGUAUCAUCGACUGCGAUAACUCCGAUAUCAGAAUCAUAGGUUGCGUUACAAUAGUCUUGCUUCUGUUGAUCGUGAUGAUCGGUUUGGAGUGGGAGGCGAAAGCGCAGAUCGGUUUACUCGUUAUUUUGCUUGUGGCUAUAGCUGACUUCAUGAUCGGUACUUUCAUUGGUCCUAAAGAUGAUGAAGAGAAAGCCAAAGGAUUCAUAGGAUAUAAUGGUGAUUUGUUCAAGGAGAAUAUUUAUUCGGACUAUAGGUACUACGAGGGAGUGGAACAUAAUUUUUUUUCAGUUUUGGCUAUCUUUUUCCCAGCGGCAACAGGUAUCCUGGCAGGUGCGAAUAUAUCCGGUGAUUUGAAGGACCCGCAGACAGCGAUACCUAAGGGUACAUUGUUAGCAAUACUUUUAACAACAAUUUCUUACAUUCUUAUGGCUCUCAUGGUAGGAGGUACAGUUUUAAGAGACGCAUCUGGCGAUGUAAACGAUCUGUGGAACGUGUUCAAUAAUUCAUACACUGCAGUAGCAACUGUUAACUCGAGUAAUGAAACGAUGGAGAGUACUACUGUUGCUACAGAUUUUAAUGAAAUAGUUUGGAGUAUAUAUGGUACAAAAUUUAAUUGUACAGGCAACUGUUCUUAUGGUAGCCAUAAUAGUUUCCAGGUGAUCGAAUUGGUCUCUGUAUUUGGUCCAAUUAUUUAUGCUGGGUGUUUCGCAGCUACAUUAUCAAGUGCCUUAGCAACAUUGGUUUCUGCACCUAAAGUAUUUCAAGCUCUUUGCCUUGAUCAAUUGUAUCCUGGAAUAGCGUGGUUUAGUGGUGAAAAGGACAAGGAACCGAUUCGUGGAUAUUUUCUUACAUUUAUAAUCGCUGUUGGUUUUAUCUUAAUUGGUGAAUUAAAUGCCAUAGCUGCUUUGAUCUCGAACUUCUUUUUAGCUGCCUACACUUUAAUCAAUUUUAGCACUUUUCAUGCUUCACUGGCAAAACCAAUUGGUUGGCGACCAACAUUUAAAUAUUACAAUAUGUGGCUAAGUCUUGCCGGUUCUAUUCUCUGUGUCUCUGUGAUGUUCUUGAUCUCAUGGUGGACAGCUCUAAUUACUUUAUGUGUGGUUUUAGCUUUAUAUUUAGUAGUUUCCUACAGAAAACCAGAUGUCAAUUGGGGAUCGACCACACAAGCGCAAACCUACAAUAACGCCUUAACAGCUGUUCAACAGUUAGACAGAGUUGAAGAUCACGUUAAAAACUACAGGCCUCAGCUUUUGGUACUCACCGGCAUGCCAAGUGCGAGAUCAUCACUCGUUGAUUUUGCUCAUCAUAUUACCAAAAAUAAUAGUUUAUUUAUUUGUGGACAUAUAAUUGAGACGCCAAUAUCAUAUAAAACACGUAAUUCCAUGGUCACGAAAUGUACUUCCUGGUUCAGGGGAAAUAAGAUUAAAGCGUUUUAUUCUUUGGUGGAUGGUGCAAAUUUUCAAGAUGGUGCUACUUCUCUUUUGCAAGCAGCUGGCUUAGGAAAAAUGAGACCUAACAUUUUAUUAAUGGGCUAUAAACAGGACUGGGCAUCGUGCCCUCGAGAAAACUUGAAUAUGUAUUUUAACAUAAUGCAUAAAGCAUUGGAUAUGCAUAUAGCAGUUGCACUCCUUCGAAUUAGCGAAGGUUUAGACUAUGGUGUCGCCAUAGGAGAUAUUGAAGAACAGAAAAAGAAUGCGGCAUCUUCGAUACCAGGAAAUCAAAGUUUUUCACAACUUAGUCAAGCUAGUAGCACGUCAGACAUUUCAAUACCUGGCAGUCCGGCACCAAGGCGAUCCAAAAUGAUCAAUGAAUAUCCUAAUCCAACAAUAGAAGAUCAACGCGAAAACCGACCGAAUAUCAUACCUGUGGCGAAAGAUAUACUUAACGCUGUAACAAAAUUCCAGCGUAAACAAAAAAAGGGCACUAUAGACGUAUGGUGGUUAUACGAUGAUGGUGGUUUAACUCUUCUCUUACCAUAUAUUAUUAGUACAAGAGGAAAUUGGUCUAACAGUAAAUUGAGGGUAUUUGCACUUGCUAAUAAAUAUUCUGAGCUAGAAUAUGAACAGAGAAACAUGGCAAGUCUUUUAUCAAAAUUCCGGAUAGACUACUCUGCCUUAAAAGUCAUACCAGAUAUUUCAAAACCAGCACAAGAUAGUACGAAAAGUUUUUUUAAUUCGUUAAUAAUAAAUUUUCAACAAACGGACGAUCCCAAGGCAACAGACGAUGAUAUUAUUAAAGAUUCUGAAUUACUUGCCAUGAAAGAAAAAACGAACAGGCAUUUGCGUCUAAGAGAAUUGUUACUUGAAAAUUCAAUGGAAGCUAAUUUAGUUGUUAUGACAUUACCAAUGCCACGCAAGGGUGCUGUAUCAGCACCCCUCUAUAUGGCUUGGCUGGAGACUUUAACGCGUGAUAUGCCGCCAUUUUUACUUGUUCGAGGGAACCAUACAUCUGUUUUAACAUUUUACUCUUAAUAACGCCAAAGAAGAGAAAAAUAAGAAGACUUAUAUAUAACAAAACUUUUUCAGCUAAGGCUGAUUACCGAAAUUAGUUAGUGCUCUUUUAAUAAUGACUUAAACACUAUACGUACGAAAUGAUUUAAUAAAAGGAGAAAAACAACAUGGUAAUAUAUAAAACUAAUGGUGCCUUUAUGAAUGAAAAGGCACACAUUUAAAUGAGUUAGUAUUUAAGAGUGUGUGUUUACCAAGGACUAAUACCUAAAUCUGUUUAAUCAUGAUAAAUGCACCAAGACUGUUAUUUUUUUAAAGACACGUUUGCCAGAAUAAUUGUUCCUAAAUUUCUAAAUAAUGUUUUCCAUCCAUCAACUAUAAAAAUAAAAUUAAUUACAUCUUCACGAAUACUUAAAAUAAAAGAAAAUACAUGUAAUACAACAUGAUCACCAAUAAUAUAGUCUACAUAUUUGCUUACAAUUAUUCAAAUUCUUGAGGAAUAUAUGUUAGUAUUUAAAUUGUAUAGCUGGGUACAAAUCAUUGACAAUCAUUUCAUUUCGUAUAAGAAGCUUCCCAAAAAUAUUUUGAAUAAAUUUAAGCAAAUAUGAAUUAUUUGCGACAAAAUUAGAAAAGCAUACUAGUCUUAGGAUUAAUAUUAAAAUUAAAAAUGGUGUUUAUUUGUUUAGAUUAUAAAAUUCUGUACAAAGGUUUCAAUUUUAAUGAUAUUCUAAACUUUAUACUAAGUUACAUGUCCGCUGAAAUUUUGCAAAUGUUUUUCAGAAUACUUUUAAACAAAGUAGUUAUUGUAAUAACAAAGUUGAAAUUAAAUACGUGUUCUUCCAUUUACAUGGGUAGGAAUAAUUGGUAAGAAUUAGACUAUAAUGUCUAGUGUGUAUAUCUUUUAUUUUGUUUACAACUUUGUAGUCUUAUACACUUUGGAAUACUUGCAAAUAAUUAUACAGAAUCGUUCUAAAUCUAAUAUACAAAGUGUGAAAUAUUUAUCAUAAAAUACUUUCAUAUUAAAAAAAUGGUUUAGAAAAUUACAAAAGCGAAAGGAACACUGAAAUUAAUGCAAAAAUAUGCAUAUCAAAUUGUACAAAAAUGCAAUAAAAUUACUUAAAUAUUGUCAUGACUUUAAAAACACCAAAAAACCGUUGUAGUACGUCAUUUAAAAACUGUAAUAUAUUAUAGACAUUGUAAAUUUGCCAAAACACAUCAAGCUUGCCAUACUAUAUAUUGUGUAUAUGUAUCAAGUUUAUUUAUAUAGAUUUCUUGUCUUUUCUGUUCAGUAGACUCUUAAUUAUGUAACUUUGCUUUAAUGUGAAUCAGCUCAUUAACUCUUAACUAUUAGCGCUUUUCUAUAUAUUAUUAACUUUAUAGUAUAUUAUUGAAUAAUAGAAGAGCUCUAUUUGAAUAGUUUGGUGAACACGAUUUAUAGACUAGUAGCAAAUGCAUUUGAAGGUGUAAGAAUACUGAUGAUUAAUUUCUAAUCAUUGAUUUCUAAUUGUAUAACAUAAUAUAUCAAAAGUAGAAGACAUUAACUGUAUACUGAGAUUGUAUAGCAUUAAUUUUAUGAUUUUCUUUGUUUUGUGCUAUAUUAAAAAAUUGUUUCCAUUUAUUUGUAUAGCUUGUGAAUUUUUAACAUCACAAGUAUUUGUAAAGAAGAAUUUUUGUGCAGUAUUAAUGACUUUUAUAUUUUGAUAUCGAAUUUAUUGUAUAUAUUGGAAGUUGAACUUAUAAUAUAUCA